AUGACCAUCGAUUUAGUGCUCACCCAAUUCAAAUGUGGAAGCUUAGCACUUGCAAGUCGCGCCAACCACUGCACCUUAGAUGGCAUUGCAGCCCAAGAUCUGUGGGCCAACCUGGCCUCCCUCACACUAGGUGAAGGUAUGAUCAUGCGGCCCGAUCCAGACCGUACAUUAUUCAAGGCGCGGGUCCCACCGAUGAUCAUCCACACCCACUUCGAGUACUCGAAGCUUCUCGAUUCAGAUGCGUUGUUCUCCACGUGUGGCACUUGCAGCCACACCCUCAAGCAGCCCUCACCGCAUCCACCCCACCUGGUAUACAUCUCAUCAGAUCGGAUCGCCGGACUGAAGACGGACGCCCUUAGGGACGGCCGGCGCGUGAAUUGCACCACAUUCCACGUGAUCGCCGCGCGAAUAUGGAAGGCGAGGAGCGUCGUGAUGGGGCUACCGGAUGAUCGGAUGUCCACCAUGUUAUUCCCAGUGGACGUGCGCCGACGGAUGGUGCCGCAGCCGCCGCAAGAGCUCGCCGAGAAUGCAGUUGUGCCAGGCUACGCACGUGCAAGUGUGCACGAGAUCAUGACCGAUGGGGCCCCAUUUCUGGUGGGGAAGGUGCAGGAAGGGCUAGAUCGGCUGACUGAUGAUUAUGUACGGUCAGGGAUCGAUUGGCUGGAGGAGAAUAAGGGGGUCCCAUGCAGGGUUGAUAGCUUCUCUAAGGUGGCCUGGUGGAAGCUUGGAUUGGAGGAGUUUGGGUGGGGCAAGGUCAGAUCUGUGGCCCUCAUCGAUCUAAAGCCAGGAUUGAUUCUGUUGUUAUCAGGAGACAAGGAGAAGGGUGGGAUCAACAUCUGCCUUGAACUGCCUCCUGAUCAGAUGAAGGAGUUCUACAAGCUUAUGAUGGAGGAUUGA